AUGGACACAUAUGUUCCUCGCGAGCUGCCUGUCUUUAAUUGGGGCGAUUUCCAACAGAGUCCCCCGUCGUUACCGGACUCCAUGACCUCGGAUAUCACCUCAUUGCUCUCGGUCCGCUCCUAUCUCCCGCCUGAAGCAUAUACCUCACAAAAUGCUCCAAGUAGUACCCCGUCACCCAGUCCUGGCAUCCUCGCCCUUGAGCUCGCAUCUUCCUGGAACCAGACAAACAUAAGCCAAACGCCCCUCUCCAAGCCGAUGCCACAGCGACCACAGAAACGCCAGCGAUGUGGAUCCAAGAAGACCUCAUCAGCGAAGGGGCCUGGGGCGCCCCGAGAAGUUGGUGAGAGCAAUGAGAAUCCUGCCGAGCGCCGUCGCAUGCGAAGUCGCGUAGCACAACGUGCAUAUCGCGAACGACAGCAAGCUACACUCAAUGGCCUCAAGAACCGCGUAUCCCUUUUGGAGACCUCCAUUGAGAAAAUGAGCUCUGCGAUGCUGGUAUUUAGUGAGGAGCUGGUCCAAAGUGGGAUUCUAAGGUCACACUCUGCUUUGACAGGGAAGUUACGGGACACGAUGAAAGUCUUUUUCACCAUGGCAGCCGGAUUAAGUCUCGACGACGACGACGAGCUAAGGGUCCUGGUUGACUCGAAUGACACAACCAACUCAUCACCACGACCCCGUCAACAGCCCCCAAUCAACCGCCUGUCACUCAAUCUUCCCUCCCACUAUCGCCUGGAUGGUACUGACUUAUACCAACCCAACAGUGCUGUCCUGCCACAUCCUGUCAAUUCACCAGAAGUGUCAAUUAUAGACGUAUCCGCAUUUAUUCAAAGGCUGCUGCUGGAAGCUCUCUACCAAGGACAUCUCGCUCUAGGCGAUCCGUCUAUCAGUUUGAGUCAACUCCAACGGCCCUUCGGGCUUAUCUUUAGUAUGAUGAACCGCGAACGUUUGACAUCUUACUUGAAAGCAGAAUUGUAUUCUCAAAUACACCAAAAGCCACUUACUGGAUGGGACGAAGUCCCCUUUUUCAGGCUGGGGGGUGCGGGAACCCAUUAUCCCCACUGGAGCAGCACCGGCCGCCGUUCCACGUUUGUAGCUCCUCGCCAGAGUGGGGGCACCGUGGAGGAUCCCUUGACACUGGUAACGGCAGAAUUGCGAACGCAGCUACAAGGAGAUUGGUUUGACCUGCGAGAUCUGGAGUGGUUUCUUCGAGAUAAGAAUGUGCUCCUCAUUGCGUCGCCUGGUGAGCCAACGAUAUCCUCAAAAGUGCAGACCAGGAUCAAUGUCUCACGCUUCAUGUCAGCGUUGAUCAGCAGAGGAGUUUGCCUGGGUCGGACACCUGGAUUUCAACGCAAUGAUGUGGAGGAGGCCCUGCAGCUUUCGAAAGUUGCUUAG